AAUUGCUUUAUCUCUCCCCAUCGCCGGGCACUGUUGCCUCGGCACUUGCGCGCAACUCGCUUUCGUUUAAAAUAAAAUAAAAUAUACUACUACUAAUAAUAAUAAUAACAACAGUAAAAAUAAUACUCCUCAGCUGCAGCCGGCGGUCCAUGCGCGCUGCCCCUGCGGCGGGUGCGCGGAGCUCGGCGGCCGCCCGGCCCCGGGCGCCCCUCGGCCGGACUCGGAGCGGCCGCAGCCCUGACCCGCCUCUCUCCCCUCUCUCCCCAGGCUCUUCAGCCUCGCCUCCGCGCGGGGAAGAAACCCGCCUUUUUGUUUCCCGAUCCUCGUUGUUGUUUUCUUUUUUCUUUUUUUUUUUUCCCCUUUUCCCACCCCUCUCCCUUUGCCUGCGAUCGCUUGAGGACCUCGCGGCAGUGACAGUAGGACGGAACGAAAAAACUCCUUUUAUGCCGAUUUUGUGCUCCGUUUUUUAGUUGUUGUUGGCUUUUAAUUUUUUGCUUCUUGUUUGGGUUUUUUUCGGGUGGUUUUUUUUUUUUGUUGGGGUUUUGGUUUUUUUUUCCACUCCUUUUCCCUGUCCCCACCCCAUACGUUUGGGGUGGGUUUUUAAAAUUUUAUUUUAUUUUCUCUUUAUCUUUUUUUUUUCUUUUUCUUCUGCCGGACUUUCGAAGAAAUCUGCCCAGCUUUUAGCAUGAUGUCUUACCUUAAACAGCCUCCUUACGGUAUGAACGGGCUGGGGCUGACGGGCCCUGCCAUGGACCUGCUGCAUCCCUCUGUGGGGUACCCAGACCCAUUGUGACCAGUGUGGUGGUGCUCGCCCCCAGCCACCCCACGGAAGCAGCGGCGGGAGCGCACCACCUUCACCCGCUCACAGCUGGACGUGCUGGAGGCGCUCUUUGCCAAGACCCGCUACCCUGACAUCUUCAUGCGGGAGGAGGUUGCCCUGAAGAUCAACCUCCCCGAAUCCCGAGUCCAGGUCUGGUUCAAGAACCGCCGUGCCAAGUGCCGGCAGCAGCAGCAGAGCGGUGGUGGGGCCAAGAGCCGUCCGGCCAAGAAGAAAUCCUCGCCGGCUCGUGAGAGCUCAGGUUCGGAGAGCAGCGGGCAGUUCACACCACCGGCAGCGGCGUCCAGCUCAGCCUCUUCUUCCUCCUCCAGCUCAGCCUCAUCAGCUCCAGCGGGCGCCCCGGCAUCUCUCAGCACCCCAGCGUCGUCCAUCUGGAGCCCAGCCUCCAUCUCUCCCGGUGCGGCGCCGGCAGGAGUGACAGUGCCUGAGCCUCUGCCACCAGCCGCUGCGUCCUGCAUGCAACGGGCCGGUCCCGCCGCUGCUGCCGCCUCGGCCAGCUACCCUGUUUCCUACGGCCAAGGCGGGGGGUACGGGCAGGGUUACCCUGCACCGCCCUCAUCAUCCUAUUUUGGGGGCGUUGAUUGCAGCUCCUACCUGGCGCCCAUGCACUCCCACCACCAUCCCCACCAGCUCAGCCCCAUGGGGCCCUCUUCGGUGCCUGGCCAUCACCACCACCACCCACUGAGCCAGAGCUCAGGCCACCACCACCACCAUCACCAUCACCACCACCAUCAGGGUUACGGCGGCACUGGGCUGCCCUUCAACUCCUCCGACUGCCUGGACUACAAGGAGCCUGCCGCUGCUGCCGCUGCCUCCUGGAAGCUUAACUUCAACUCCCCCGACUGCCUCGACUACAAGGACCAGGCGUCCUGGCGCUUCCAGGUUUUGUGAGGGGCCGACCACUGUUCCCCCCUCAGCCAUAACACCCUCCCACCCGGAGUCUCCCCACCGCCUCCCAGGCAGGACUCUGGCUCCGGCUCUUCCUCCUCUUCUUCCCCCCCUCUUCAUUAGCAGUGGCAAUGCCCCAGGGGUGCCCUGACACCCCCCAUCUCUAUUGACUGAUAUUUAUUUGCUUCCUGCGCCCCUCCAGCGGGUUUAUUAUAAUUAUUAUUUUUUUAAAUGCAACAGAAGAGGACUUUAAAAAAAAAAAACAAAAGAAGCCUAGCGUCUCCCCUGCUGUCCCCUGGGCAGAGGCACAGGCUGGCUUCUGCCUUGCUGGUGCCCCCAACUUCCUGUGGGGACCCUCACACCUACCAUGGGUGCGGGAGUCCCCAGCUUGCUGGUCCUGUACAGCCUCUUGCCGCUGGGAGCUGCGGGAUCGAUGUAAAUACUAGGUCCGUUCCAGUGACCAUGAUUAUUUUUAGUUGAUACUGUUGGGUUGACAUUUAUCUAGAGUCUAACAUGGAACAGAACUUAAAGAAAUUUUUUUUAAAAUUUUAAUUUUCUUCCCUAAAAAUGAAGCUUCCCCAUCUUGUGUCCUUUGUCGUUCCUCCAGGGCUCUGUGUGAGCUUGGCUGUG